AAGCAAAUUCUUCGGGAAUUUCAGUCGUUGAACAACGGGAGCGGAGUAUCUCCUCCCUCUCCGACAUCGAGAUUUUCCCGCCGGAGGAAAAAGCAAGUCUUCGAAAGAGAGAGGAAAAAAAAAAAAAAGGAUGAACAGUACAGAAUUCAGCUUUAUGCAGCAAGAAACAGAGUCCAGCCAUUGGUUCGGUGCUGACUGUCCUUAUGUAUGUGAUUUAUGUAUGUACGUACGCUGUCCUGAAACCGAGUCCUCCAGUAUUCUGAAACCGACCACAAGAACAGUCCUCCAGAUGAGUAUUGGCUCCAUCCCCUACCCAUCACCAAUGGCUUCUGCCCACACCCACAGAGGAAGAAGAGCUGUGAAGCUCCAGGACGGAUUCUUCAAGUCGCCAACUCCCCGGUUCUUCAAAGUCAUGGUCAGAGAGUUGCUCCAUCGUGGAAGAAUCAUGAUUCCCCGAAAGUUUAUCUGGAAAUACGGGGAUGUUCUCUCGGAGCUGGUGCUGCUCAGGGACCCCAGUGGGGAGUCCUUUGAAGUGCAAGUGGAAGAGGCUGAAGGCAAAGUUUGGCUCGGGAAAGGCUGGAGAGAGUUCGAAGAGCAUUACCCUAUCGAGGAGGGGUCAUUCCUCGUGUUUGAAUUGGAGGGCAACAACCUCUUCCAUGUGCUGAUAUUGGGCAUGUGUGCCACAGAGAUUGACUACCCCACUGUCAACCGCAGUCAAGACCCACAGCUGGAGCCAAGCGAUGAAUAUCUUCCAUCUGAGACAGAGGAAACCAGUGAUGAUGAUUCUCCAGUGAAGAGCACAGAUGCUUCCAAUUCCGAGCCUGAACAGAAGAGAAGUCGAUGUGGGCAACCGUUUCAACAUUCGAAGCCCUCUAAACUUCCAACGGAAGACAGUGAUGAUUCUUCUACAUAUUCACCAAGUGUGCAAUCAGAAUCGGAAUCGGAAUCUGAACGUUUAGGAUCUACAAAAAGGAGCACCACAAGGUUAAGGAAAGAGGCGAAGCAAGGCCCUUCAUCGCAUUUGGCAGCCGGCGGUUCAGGGAUUAAGAAGAGGACUAUUGGGCUACAGAAACGGGUGAAACUCGGCCAUUCAUCGCGACGAGCAGCUGGUUGCAGGCGUCCAUAUGUCAAUCUGCCUUUACCUCCGAGCUCUCACAAAGCACUCGAGGCGGCUAAAAGGUUUCAAACCAAGUUUCCUGCAUUUUGUAUUCAACUGCGACCAACCUACACGAGGAGCGGAGGCGUGAGCAUAUGUUCCUCGUUCAUGAAGAGGAACAAUUUCAAGCCGACGAAGGGUCCUGUGUAUCUGAAUCUGAAACAUAGGGGACGGUCAUGGCGUGUGAAGAUGUUUUGCUACACAAAGGAACACCGAGGGAAGCUCUGUGGUGGUUGGGGCGCGUUCAUAGAAGAAAACUCUCUGCAAAAUGGAGAUGUCUGCGUAUUUGAGCUUGUUGAGACGAACAUAUUCAGAGUUCAUUUCUUCAGGUGUUCGACUUAUGCUUAGACUUUGCACAUGGGCUUGAAGACUGAGUUCAGCAUGCUGUUUUUCUAUUUCGAUGCCAGACUUGCAGUUUCAAUAGGUGGUCUUUUACCAUCUCUUUUAUAAGUUGUGCCUAGGAUAUUUUUCGUACUGUUUCAAGGAUGAUUAAUCUCUGCAGAAUGAUGAUGUUUAGGCGUUGAAGAUUUCCCUCUUUAA